GCCCACAGACAGCUCCUAAAGGCAAUCCCUGAAGGAAUUUUGAAACGAGAAAAAUGAUGAAGAGAGAGGGAGGGACAGAAGAGAGCUUAAAAAACUGUUUCCUCCCGCGAAAAAGCAGUUCCCGAGAAAUACAAUAUUGCGGUUGAGAAGUGUAAAGCCCACACUCCCUCGUGACCCCUCUUCCUUCCCUUCUUCUUUCUCUUCGCUCUCACCUUUCGCCAUUCCCACGCCCAAUGGUGAAGGAAACCGAGUUCUACGAUAUCCUCGGGAUCACUCCCUCUGCCUCCCAAGACCAAAUUCGCAAGGCCUAUUACUACAAGGCAAUGCAAGUUCAUCCCGAUAAAAACCCAAACGAUCCUCACGCUGCACACAAGUUCCAGAUAUUGGGUGAAGCUUACCAGGUUUUGAGCGAUCCCGUGCAGAGGAAUGCGUACAAUCAAAAUGGGAAGCAUUCUGUAUCUAGGGAAACUAUGCUUGACCCCAUGGCUGUCUUCGCUCUGCUCUUUGGGAGUGAACUGUUUGAGGACUACAUAGGGCAUUUAGCUGUGGCAUCAAUGGCUUCUUCCGGGCUAGCUGAUGAAACUGAGGAUCCUGAUAAACUGAAUGAAAAGUUAAAGGCUGUCCAAAGAGAAAGGGAAGAAAAGUUGGCAAGAAUUUUGAGAGAUUAUCUCAGCCAAUAUGUCCGUGGUGACAAAAAGGGAUUUUUCCAACGCGCAGAAUCUGAAGCAAGACGGCUUUCUCGUGCUGCAUUUGGAGUUGAUAUGUUGCAUACCAUCGGAUACAUAUAUUCAAGACAGGCAGCACAAGAACUGGGGAAGAAAGCCAUUUAUCUUGGAGUGCCAUUUCUGACUGAAUGGGUACGCAAUAAAGGGCAUUUCUGGAAAUCACAAUUCACUGCUGCUAAAGGUGCGUAUCAGUUGCUUCAGCUUCAAGAAGACAUCCGCAAGCAAUUUAAAAUGGAUGGUAGUAGUGCCCAUGAAAAUGAUGUUGACUCUCACCUUCGCCUCAAUAAGGAUACAUUGAUGAAUUCCUUGUGGAAGUUAAAUGUAGUAGACAUAGAAGUAACCCUCGUACAUGUGUGUCAAAUGGUGCUAAAGGAAAAUAACGUUAAGAAAGAGGAACUAAGAGUUCGGGCUACCGCUCUUAAAAUUCUUGGCAAAAUAUUUCAGGACAAGUAUCCAAAUGGAGAAACAUUGAAGAAGAAGAUUGCUGCUGAUUCAGAUGAUGAUGGAAGCAGUUCUGAUUCUUCAGAUGAUGAAUCGCCUAGAGCAAUUUCUUAUCGAACUCCCUUUUUCACACAGGGUCUCGGUAGGCUCUUCAAAUGCCUCUGCAAUCCAGCAUUUGAUGUGGAUGAUGAAGAGAUAGUUUACAAAAGCAAAUGAUUCGUAUAUACGUGUGGACUAUGAAACAAAAAUUCAUUCCUUCCAGUAUUUUGUUGGUGAGAUGAUAUACUAAAGGACUUUUCAGAUACCCUCUGAAUGUAGUUUUGGGAGAAGAUGACGAUGCAAGCCGUGAAUAACCAUAUUUUGUUGCUUGUUGUCAUUUCCGGUCUCUUCAAGUUACAUGUGGCAUAACACUGUUCAAGAGUUAACAUUUCUGUCAAUUCCACUGUUUUCCCCCUCCUUUUGUAUGUUUUAAAAAUUGGAAAUUUAUAGUAUCAUCAGAACUCAGAAGUGCUUUUAGCAAACUAUCAAUUCCAUCACGGUAUAAUGAAUUUAUUGACUCUAGCA